ACGGUCUUGGAAGCUAGAUUAAGGGAUGAUGUAGUCGACAGACUGCGAUCGGGGCGUUUUUAUUAAUGUGGUUAUCAGCACACCUUACUUCAUAGACUGCGUGGCCGGUUCAUUUGAAACUUCUGCUAAGCACCGAGUAAAGCUCCUAUAAAAAUGAUAGGCGCAAGGAAAUGGUGACGUCAGAAGUCCUUAGACUACAAAACGCGAUGCAGUCGUGAUAGAAAGAGCGGGCAGAAUUCUUUAGAACAUUGUUCCAUCUGAAUAUUAAACUAGGCUGAAGUGAAGCAGUGAAGUGCACAUAAACGUCAAAAUUUUCCCUUCAUUUUGUUGAAAAAUGGCAGUUUCAGCACACUUGACUUCUAUUUUGAGAGGAUAUCACAUCUUCUUUGUGAUUUUGACUGUUUAUUUUGCAGACACAAUGGCUGCAGACUGCCAUCCAAAAUUCAAACGAUUUCCGGGCCACACUGCAUGUUUGGACAAAUCCCCUUUGGCGAAUUCAGUUGGGGUAAACGCAAGUGUGAAGCAACAAAUUGUGACCAUGCAUAACCAUUUAAGAGCUGGAGUUACUCCACCUGCAACAAACAUGUUGAAAAUGACGUGGGACGAUGAGCUAGCUAUGCUGGCCCAGAAGUGGACGGACGCCUGCAGCAAAGAGAGUGGCAGGUUCCACCAUGACAGUGUCAGGGACAUACCAGGCCGGUUCCCUGUGGGUCAAAAUCUGAUGUCUGGAGGAGACAGUUUUGUCGUUGCAAUUAAUGCCUGGUAUGACGAACACAAGAAUUACGUCUUCAAUAGGACAGUCGAUCAUUUUGGCCCAGUGAUGAUUGGACAUUAUACACAGUUAAUUGCACAGGUGGUGGCAAAGACACGUGGUAUUGUGGCACCGACCCGAAUUACCUACUGAGCAACUGUGACGCACCUUUCGUCUCCUCUGCCUGCCCUUUCCAGUGCAACUUAUGUCCCU